CAUUAACCACAGUAUUAUUUAUCCUUUAUUUAUUAAAAAAAAAUUCUACUUUUAGUUUUAAAUUUAGGCAUUUUACGCAAAGCUAAUUACGACAUAAAACACCAAAAGGAGACCCCGUUCGAUCUUCACAUCUUCUCGGCCAGAAACGACCAUGGCGGCUUCACUGUUUCUGUCUCGAAGCCCUAUCGCCAUUUCCACUCCCCGAUCUUCACCUUCCGUUUCCCUUCUCUCUUCUCCUCAAACCCUCAAAUUCCCUUCUUCCUAUUCCAAUUCCCUCUUUGAUCUAUCCAUCGCCGUUUCCCACGCGACGCCGCGUCUUGCAACUAUCAUCCCUCGAGCUACCGCUUCACCAUCCUCCACCGCUCCUUCAGCCACCGCAUUUCACGGCCGCUGCUAUGUCGUCGGAGACAACAUCGACACUGACCAGAUUAUUCCGGCUGAGUACCUAACUUUGGUCCCCUCUAAUCCCAGCGAAUAUGAGAAGCUCGGAUCCUACGCCCUAAUUGGCCUGCCUUCCUCUUAUUCCACACGCUUCGUGGAAUCUGACGAAAUGAAAACCAAAUAUUCUAUCAUAAUUGCCGGCGACAACUUCGGCUGUGGUUCUUCACGGGAGCACGCGCCGGUUGCGUUGGGAGCGUCCGGCGCCGUGGCUGUAGUUGCUGAAUCUUAUGCGCGUAUUUUCUUCAGAAACUCCGUGGCAACUGGAGAAAUUUAUCCAUUGGAAUCGGAGACUAGGAUUUGUGAUGAAUGUAAGACCGGCGACGUGGUGACAAUUGAGCUCGCUGAAAGCCGUUUGAUCAACCAUACUACGGGGAAAGAAUACAAGCUUAAGCCUAUUGGGGAUGCAGGUCCUGUUAUCGAAGCAGGUGGAAUUUUCGCAUAUGCAAGGAAAACGGGUAUGAUUUCAAGCUAAACGCAUUGAAGUUUUUGGGUUCGUGAGAAUUCAUUGUUGUUUUGUUUCUUAAGUUACUUCUUUGCUUGCUACCGAGCUUAGAAUUCUGUAGAAGUGUCUGUCUUGGUAACGUGUAUGAAUAAAUUAAUAAUACAGACUGAAUUAAGGCAGCAAAAAUGAUUGCUUUUGGAAUUGAAGUCUGAGAUGAGUCUUGCAUUGUAGCCUUAGCUUCUUUAGGAGCAACAUUAUGUCAUAGUUUUAUUACAAGUUAUGGAAAGUCUGAUAUUGGGAUGACA